UUAAUGGGGAAAAAGAGCACGGGAGAGUCCCCUCCCGUUUCUGAGGGAGGUAACCUGAAGCAGCCCCUGGGAGAGUACAUCCAGUGGGAAGAAGCCGCACGGAAUUUGCUGGGUCUCAUAGAAGCCAUGGGGAACAGAAGCCGCCAGCCACCUGCACACGAGCACCCGGGCAGUCGCCAGCCUCCUUGGAAUUCAGACAGCAGCAGCAACUUCAAAGAUUUGGUAGACUCUCUGCUCCAGGUUGUCAACGUGAAGGAAGCCACCCCCAGCUGAACGGACAGUGACAGUGAUGGCUUCUCUCAAAGGAGAAAAACCAAACCCUUAAGAGACUGCAUUCUGCAAGCAUCAAUUCGACUGAAUCAUCAACAAGAUUUCCUCUGUGCAAAAUAUUUAACUAUUCUUGUAUCUUUUAACCUUGACCGAAUUUAUGAUUUUCAAGCAGCCUCUUCUGGUUUGAAUUUGUUUGCUGUGCACAAUUGUCCAAAAAGCGUCUUCCAAUCAAUGCUUUUAACAUCUAGGCUGUCUGUUGAUUAGAUUCAAGACCCUGAGCUGUUACCAUUCUCAAUAAAAGCUUAAACACAUUGUCCAAAA